GACUUUAAAAAAUUUGGAAAUACACAAAGAAAAGUCUGACUUUCUAAUAGCCGCCUUGUACUGUGCUCUGCUUUUUAUCUAUUUCUUCAUUUUGAGUAGGAUAGCAGAUAUCAUGGUACAUUGUUUUAUACAUAUGUGUAUAUAUUAUAUAUUGACAAUCAUAUUUAUUUGUUAAAAUCCAAAAUAUAAAGACUAAUAAAUCAUUAACAUAAGCUAUAUAUUAAAGCUGACCCUCCACUCCCUACCAUCUUAGAAAUAAUCAAACAAUAAAAAACAGAGAUUAUGAUGAAAUUGAAGUUCUGGGCAUCAUUGACAAUAGUUUACCUAUUGUUUACCCUCCAAGGAAGUUCAGCAGAGCAGUGCGGAUGGCAAGCCGGAGGUGCUGUGUGCCCUGGAGGACUGUGCUGCAGCCAGCAUGGAUGGUGCGGCGACACCCCUGAAUACUGCACAACCGGAUGCCAAAGCCAAUGCUCCGGCGGCGGUGGUGAAGGCGGCGAUCUCCCGAUCUCAAGGUCCACUUUUGAUGAUUUUCUUAAGCAUCGAAAUGAUUGCCCCAGCAAAGGCUUUUAUAGCUACGACGCUUUCAUUAAUGCUGCCAAAGCCUUCCCUGAUUUUGGUACUACCGGAGACGAUGCCACUAAGAAAAGAGAGAUUGCUGCUUUCUUAGCCCAAACCUCCCAUGAAACUACCGGAGGAUGGAACGGUGCACCAGAUGGUCGACAUGCUUGGGGAUACUGCUUUAUUACAGAACAAAACCCGGGAAGUGAUUACUGUUCUUGGGAUUAUCCAGAUUAUCCAUGUGCUUCGGGACGAAAAUAUUUCGGUCGUGGUCCAAUUCAACUUUCAUGGAACUACAACUAUGGUCAAUGUGGAAGAGCAAUAGGAAUAGAUUUACUGAACAACCCAGAUCUUGUUGCCUCGGACGCUGUGAUUUCAUUCAAGACAGCAAUCUGGUUCUGGAUGACUCCGCAGUGGCCGAAGCCCUCUUGCCACGAUGUGAUCACGGGAAGAUGGAGUCCUUCUAGUGCCGAUUGGGCAGCUGGUCGAGCUCCUGGUUAUGGUGUUACCACCAAUAUUAUCAAUGGCGGACUUGAAUGCGGUCAAGGUUGGAAUGAGAAGGUGGAUGAUCGAAUUGGGUUUUAUAAGAGGUACUGUGAUCUUCUUGGGGUUGGGUAUGGGGAUAACCUUGACUGCUACAAUCAGAGGUCAUUCGCGUCUGGUCUUUUGCUGGGGAAAAUAUAAAUUAGUUAAUAUAUUAUUGAAAAUGUUAAAAUAUUUUCAAUAAUAUAAGGUGAAUUAUUAGUAACGUGGUCUUUAAUUUUCAUGUUUUGUGGGUUUCUGUUGUUGUCGUCACGGCUAUAGUGACCAUAUAUGUAUGAUAUGAUGAGAAAAUAGCCGUGAAAAUAAGUGAAUUCCCACAAAAAUAAAUAAAUAUAACCAUGAUUUUAUAGCCUAAUGUAAUCGACCCAAAAUAAUAUAUGGAUGCUGCCGCGGGAUUGUCCGUUUCUUUUCUA